AUGGCCCGAACGGGGCUACACAAUAGUCCACAGAGCAAUUGUCCCGUCUCCCUGCAGCUGGAUGAGACUACAAUCGUUGGAUCCUCGAAGGCGUUGUGUCAUAUUGGGCUCGGAUCCUUCGAACUACUGAACGAACUACUGACGCUGCCGCAGGAAUGGUCAUCCCACCCCAGCCCAGGGCUCCACUGGGCCUUGCUUGGCCUGGCCUGGUGA